UUUCUGACCAUGCUGAGGAGGACGGCAACUAUGCACUGUCUUGUUGUGCCUGCACUCAAUCACCUGUUUGCUCGAGAAUCAGUUGGUCUGGCCGAUAGAAGACGUCGGCAUCUGACUCGAAGCUCCAUCACCAUCUCGCCUGCCAGACUCAGACUUGGUCUGAUUGAAGUGCUCGAUAGUGGGACAAAACCAUCGAUAAUCAGACAGUGGACUUGGUAUAUUCUCAAACGUUUCGCCGGCAUCCUAGUCGGCAUCGUCAGUGAGUUUCGCCAUUGUCCACACCAAGCUACGAACGCGUCCGAGACAAGAAGGAGGAGUGAUAGCGUAACCAUUUUAGGCAUAACUAUGACAGACCACUUCGGACUAGUCCGUGAAGUAUGGAUACCUGCUCUGAUGAUGCCUGUCACGGUACAGUUUCAUCGGGGUUGUAGGACGGUGAGCCAAAGACUUCUUCGCACAAUUCAACAGUUUUCCCUACGCGACAAUCCUGCUUCGGCUUCCGAUGAGACCACAAAACGAAUUCCUUCCAACCAACAUUUCCUGCGAAAUGGAGAGUCGUGCCACAUACUUUAUGGGGCAUCUCAUGAUUUGGUUAGUUACUUCAUACUUUGUUGGAAUCAUCCGUAG